AGGUUAUUAAUAUUUAUUUUCACGAUAUCUUGUCAGGUGAUACGUUUGACAUGUAUUACAUUUAAAUAUUUAUCAAGGUUACUUUUAUUUCGAUUAUAUAAUCUACAAUGAAGUACAUGUUCACCUAGAUUGCUCAGGGGUCAAACGCGGCCGACACGAGGUCGUCCAUUGAAAUUCAACUGACUUAACCCGUCAUCGUUGGAAGUCCGGGUACGAAACUUCCGGAUACUUCAUUAACGGAUAAAGAAGGGGAAGGACCUUGCAGAGUUCUAAGGAACUCGUGAUAUGGCCGACAAGUCCUCAAGAGAGAAACACGCGGAAAAUGCGAAUCAGGACGAGGAAGAGGAAUAUGAUCCUGCCGCGCAUCGUCCUCCGGGACCGUUGACUUCAGACUUCGCUACGUUGAUGCAUUUAUUGAAAAGCGCUCUCGGAAAUGGGAUACUAUUUUUGCCGAAUGCAUUCAAAAGAACUGGCUACGUAAUGUCAUUAAUCUGCAGUAUUUUUAUGGGUCUGUUGUGCACGUACAUGGUCGUGCUGUUGGUGCGAUGCUCUCAGCUGUUGUGCAGACGUUAUCACAUACCGAUGCUGGAUUUCGCCAAAACUGUGGAAACAUCCUUUGAAAGUGGUCCCGAAAACAUUCGAAAGUACGGGAGACAGUGUGGCAUCUUCACCAAUGUGAUCGUAUGCUUCGUGCACUGCCAGGCAGCCGUGAUAUACAUUCUUUAUGUGUCCAGCUCGCUUCAGCAAGUGAUCGAGUACUUCACCGGGGUCGAAUUGGACGUGCGCGUCUACAUAGUAGCUGUUUUACCUUUCUUCUGCGGUUUUGGUUUCCUGCCAAAUUUGAAGUACCUGGUGCCUUUUUCCUUGAUCGGCUCGGUGUUCAUACUGGUCGGCCUCUGUGUAACGCUUUGCUAUUUAUUGGAGGAUUUUCCUGAUCCUGGAAGAUUGAAACCAUUUACACGUGUUUUACCUAUACCCUUGUACUGCACCAUAUUUAUGUACGCCAUGCAUAAUGUGACUGUAUGUUUGCCUCUUGAGAACACCAUGAAGAAUCCUCGACAUCUACCUUACUUGAUAACCGGCAACAUGACAUUCAUCAUGUUCUUGAAUGCGAUAUUCGGAUUCCUUGGUUACAACAAAUAUAUGGAUGCCACCUGUGAUACCGUGAUUAAGAAUCUGCCGAUUGAACAAAAGCUCGCGCAAUGGAUCAAAAUAAUCAUUUCUCUGUCCGUGAUGUGUUCGUUUGGAUUAGGUUAUUACGUGAUAGUUUCAAUACUAUGGCCAAUGAUCAAGUCGAGAUUUGAAAAUUAUAAUUACAGUGAGAUAAUAUUUCGUUUUUGCGGAGUAAUUGUACUCUUUCUCGUUGCCAUCGCAGUACCAGAAAUGGUUCCUUUGCUCGGAUUUUUCACAGCCUUUAGUAUAACCACAGGCAUGCUAUUGAUUCCUAUAUUAACAGAGACAAUGACAAAAUGGCAAACAGCUACAAAGUACCUUUUAGCAAAGAAUGUCAGUAUUUCCUUCAUCUGGAUAACAUUAAUGAUUUUUGGAGCUAUUGAAAGUAUGCAGUCCAUCAUCAGGGAAUAUGGCCAUGUGAAAGAGAAAGGCUGUUGACUGAUUUAAUGGGUUUCUGCGAAUUAAUGGAGAUAAUUACAUCAGCAUAAAGGAAAAACAAAUUGUAAUUGCAGAAGGAAGUUUUUGUGUAGAUGCUGUGACGUUGCCAGAACUAGGAAAAACAAUCUGACCAAUCAUUAUAACUGCGGAAUGUUAUUUAUACGAUUUAUUAAUUCAGUAUGAAUGAUUUAUCGAUUGUACUCAUAAUAAUGCAUGUGUACUAACUGUUCAUUUAUUGAAAAUUAAUUCAUAGAUUAUCUUAUAUUUUAAUUUUCAAUAUUUGUUUGACAGAAGCGAAAAAUAUAGGCGUGGAAACUUUAAGCGAAGUUUCUUAUCGUUCUUCCAUUUAGAACGCUUUAUAUGUCAAGGAAGGAACUCGUUAACAAUUAAGAUUUCUUUUCUUAACACUGUGUAUUUGCUGCUGCUUAUGAUUAGAGGAGUGUUAGAAUGAGUCAUCAAUGGCAAUACAUAGAUUUCUAUAAACGAGAAAUGAAUGUUAUUUAUGACAGAAUUAAUACGAAGAUUUAAGGUAUUCAAUACGUUUGCAUCCUAAAAGAAAUUAGCACUGAAAGCUUUUAAGCGUUCACCGCCACAGUAGAAAUAACCGUAUCUAGUCAGACACGCGAUAAGAUAGAUUAGGAAAGAUAUUACACAUUAAUUUCUUAAUACGAUGCUUCAUUUUGGUAUUUCGCAUUAUUACUGUAAUUUUAAUGUUAUCCUAACGUUUCCAUUGCUUAAUUAUUUAAUUUAAUUAAAGUAGUAGUGUUGAUCACUGUCUUUAGGUAUUUUAAACAAUCAGAGGGUUGAAAAACUGGAAAAUUCAGCUAUAAUUUAAACAACAUCCUAAAAAUCAUAAAUUUCAUGAUUUUAAUGAAUUUUGUAUCCCUCCCAAGAAAGUAUCUCUUAACAAAGAAUCCAAUAAAACUGCUAAAUAUGAAA